AUGUCUGAAAAGCUCUUACAAGAGUUCUUAAGCCAGGGAUUGCUCACAAGCUCGUUGCCUCAGGCACAAUUCAUCGCCUUGAUCUCAGCAUCAAACGAGGGUAUACCUCGUGAACAAUUGGUUACGGUGUAUGAACAGCUCAAGACAUAUGAACAGGAACUUCUUGGAAGUACCAAAAGCAGGGCGCGACAGUUUUUACACGAAGUAAGAUCUAACUCGAAAAAUAUUGUAGAAGCCACUCAAAUGAAAAGCACAGUGUCAGUAGAGGCUCUUGUGAACUCUCUGUACUCAGCGCAUCAGCUUCUCGACGAAAAAGCCACCCAGCUCAACUCUGAUAUCGAUUCUCAUAUGGCAAAGCUUCAUACCAUUAAGGAGCAAAUGAAGCCCUUGCAAACUCCAGCAGCAAUUGACCCUAUUCUCGGCAAUCUAAGAUACUUACUUACGCAAGCAGAAGUCCUUCAAGAUUAA